AUGGAUAUUAUUAAGCCAGCUACCCAAAGAAAAUCAACAAUGAGAUGCUAUAUUUGUAAGGCCACUUCUAAAGAUUUUAAUAAAGUAGAAACAUCCCAAGGAGUGGACUUAAACAAUCCUAAAUUCGGCUUGUCUGUGUUACACGCAAUGAUAAGAUUUUUUGAAACUUUGCUUCAUCUUUCGUACAAGAUAACUGUACAGAAGUGGCAAAUAAAAUUACAAACCGAUAAAGAAAUUGUUAAUCAAAGACAAAAAGAGAUUCAAAAAAAAUUUCGAACUCAGCUUGGUCUUAUUGUUGAUGUUCCCACUGUAACCAAUGACGGAAACAUUAGCCGAAGGUUUUUUGAGAAACCACAAAUAUCUUCAGAAAUCACUGGGAUUGAUCUCAGAGGCAACCAAGAAGAUUUCAACCGUUGGGCAAAAAUGUUGAAAGAUCCCAGUUGGAGAUACGAAAACGUGCUUCGGUAUUUUAAAAAAUCCGAAGAUUUCCACAAAACCAAUCCAGAUGCCGUAGUAGAUUGGUAUUACCAUGGUAAAGGCGGUUAUUUGCGUACUACUUACGACUUACCUUCAUCAAAUAAUUAUACUAAGAUCUUUAUCGAAGCCAACCAAGAACUAGGAAUCAAUCUUACCGAUUAUAAUGGUAAAAAAGAAGAAGGCGCAACCAUCUUACAAAAACACACCAAACAAGGUAGAAGACUAGACCAAGCAUCCGCUUUCAUAAAACCCGUUACGAAGAGAACAAAUCUAUACGUUCUUGAUAGCAGUUACGUCAUAAAAAUCGAAAUUAAUAACAAAACCAAUCGAACGACAGGCGUUUUAUUCACUAAAAAUAACAGUACCUACAGAGCUAACAUCACAAAAGAAGUAAUUGUUUCGGCAGGUGCGAUACAGUCACCUCAACUACUGAUGCUGUCAGGAAUAGGUCCUAAAGAACAUCUGCAACGGAUGAACAUCUCCCUAAUUAAAGAUCUGGAUGUAGGCAGUACACUUCGGGAACACGUAUUUUGCGGUGUACAAUUCUCCUCGAAGUUAGAUGUUCCGCAAAAAGGUUUCACGCAACAAAUCAAGGAUUACCUGCAAGGUUACGGACCUCUAUCAGCUGCUAAUCGCAUCGAUGGAGCUGGUUUCUACGUUACAAAAAUCGGAGAAGAUUAUAACUAUACCGAUAUAGAAAUAGUUAUGUCUUCAUCUACAGCAUCUGAAUUAGGAAAAAGGUUUCUAGCUUACAGUGAUGAAACUUGGAAUGCCAUGUUCAAUUUCACCAUCAACAAUCCGUUUACUUUAACCACGGUUUUAUUACGCAGUCGCUCUGUCGGCACUAUAAGAUUAAACACCAGUAAUCCUUAUGAUUAUCCUUUGAUAGACUUUAACCUUUUAAGCGACGCAUACAACAAAGAUAUCGAAACGAUGUACGAAGGGAUACAAUUCGCUAUAAAUUUAACGAAAACCGGUGCUUUUAAACGCUUUUCUCCGGUUUUGGCAGUCAGACCGCUACCGGCUUGCUUGACUCAUACAUUUUUGUCCAAACAGUUUUGGUAUUGUUACAUCAGGCACAUAUCAUCGGCCGCUUAUCAUCCUGUAGGAACGUGUCCUACAGGAAUUAAUCCCAAAAAAGGAGCAGUGGUAAAUGGAAAUUUGCAAGUUUUUGGAGUUGAAAGACUUAGAAUUGCGGAUGCUAGUGUUUUUCCGUUUGCUUUUGCGGGGCAACCAAAUGCGGCUUGCACCAUGAUUGGGGAAAAGAUUUCGGAUGUUAUUAAACAUCAGCACAAAUAG